AUGCUUGUUGCUGAAUGUUUAACAUCACUAUUAUUUCCAUUUGAAUGGACACUUUAUGUUCCAAUUGUCUUCACUGCUGCUCUUGUUUGUCUUGAUGUACCUGUAUCUGCUAUAAUGGGUCUUCGUAUAAAUAAAUUCAAUAGAAAUUCCGAUAAUAAUAAUACUGAUGAUGAUGAUGGUUAUAGUGAUACAAGUGAUGAAGCAACUUUUGAAGUUCAACGAUGUUUUAUUCAUAUUGAUACAGAAAAAAUAAAUAAUAAACCAAGUCAAGCAUUAUCGAGACUUGCAGCUAUUACUAAACGUGCUGGAAUUGUUGUUAAUAAUAAUGAAGAUGAAAAUAGAUUAUUUCAAAUAUUUUAUUCUUUUUUAUAA